UUGACCAAAAAGCUGAUAAAAUAAGGAUCCAAAUGGCAUUAGCAAUCGGUCUCUUGCAAUGGCGCUGAAACACUCGUUUAUCCCGUCUUCUACUUGCUGUACAUUACAGGUCAAUCACUACUCCCAUCUCCCUCACCCUGUUCCAAUUAGAAAAAAUCUCAUAUGCCUUAGACCAUUCUCUCAAUCAUCCUUCCUUUCUUUCUCCAGCUCUUGCCUUCCUCAUUCUACAUCCUCUCCUCUUUUCCUUUCUUUUCUUGAAGAAGACGAACAAGAAUCUGAAGAAGAACUUACUCUUUCAGAAACCGAGCAGCUAAAACAACCAGACAAUGACCCAAUUCGACGGUUCUUCCAGACCCGGACAGCAGACUUAGAAUCCGACCCAGACCCAGGUCGCGAAGGCAAGUUAUCAUUUUCAAAGAACCGUAAAACAUCUUGGCACCUCGCUUCUAUCAAUAGUUCAACUGAAAAUGACGAGGACGAGGUCGAGAACAUACCAAAAUUACCUCUCGACACACUCUCAAGUCCUAAAAAUGAGGGCGUUGUCAGUGAAAUAUUGGAAAAGGCGAGGAGUUUACCGGAAAAUGUGACGUUAGGGGAGGUAUUAGGGGAAUUUGAAAGGAGGGUUGGGGCAAAAGAGUGUGAGGAGGUGCUGGUUUUGUUAGGAAAUGAAGGUUUGGCUAUUAAUUGCUUGUAUUUUUUCGAGUGGAUGGGGCUUAAUGAGCCUUCAUUGGUUACACCUCGCGCUUAUACGAUUUUGUUCCCUAUACUUGGGAGGGCUGGUAUGAGCAAGGAGUUGCUAGUUUUGUUUAAAAACUUGCCUGAAAAAAAGGGGUUCAGGGAUGUUCAUGUUUAUAACGCGGCCAUUUCCGGGCUUUUAUGCUGUAGAAGGUAUGAUGAUGCUUGGGAAGUUUUUGAGUCCAUGGAAACAAAUUCUGUCCAACCAGACCAUGUGACAACUUCCAUUAUGAUUACAAUUAUGAGGAAACGGGGCAAUAGCGCCAAAGAAGCUUGGGAGUUAUUUGAAAAGAUGAACGGAGAAGGUGUGAAGUGGAGCUUGGAAGUAGCAGGUGCUCUGAUUAAAUCCUUUUGUGAUGAAGGCCUGAAGAAGGAAGCUUUAAUUGUCCAGUCAGAAAUGGAGAAAAAGGGAAUAUCUUCUAACGUCAUUGUCUAUAAUACUCUGAUGCAUGCUUACUGUAAAGCCAACCAAAUUGAAGAAGCUGAAGGUCUCUUUGAUGAGAUGAAGAGGAAAAAAAUUGCACCUACCUCGGCUACUUACAAUAUUUUGAUGGAUGCAUACAGUAGGAGACUGCAGCCUGAUGUUGUUGAGAAACUGCUACUGGAAAUGGAAAAUGCUGGUUUGGAGCCAAAUGUUAAAUCGUAUACAUGCCUGAUCAGUGCCUAUGGAAGACUGAAAAAAAUGAGUGACAUGGCUGCAAAUGCAUUCUUGAGGAUGAAAAAGGUUGGUAUAAAACCGAAUUCUUACUCUUAUACAGCUCUUAUCCAUGCCUAUUCAAUCAGUGGGUGGCAUGAUAAAGCUUAUACAGCUUUUGAGAACAUGCUAAGGGAGGGAAUAAAACCCUCGAUAGAAACUUAUACUGCUCUGCUUGAUGCAUUUAGACGUGCUGGUGAUACCCAAACACUCAAGAAAAUUUGGAAAAUGAUGAUCAGAGAUAAAAUUGAAGGGACAAGGGUGACAUUUAACAUUCUACUCGAUGGAUUUGCUAAACAAGGUUGCUAUGUUGAAGCAAGAGAUGUGAUUUGUGAGUUUGGGAAGCUUGGUUUACAGCCAACAGUAAUGACUUACAACAUGCUGAUCAAUGCAUAUGCAAGAGGAGGACAAGAAUCAAGGUUGCCGCAGCUUGUGAAGGAGAUGGCAGCACUUAAUCUAAAACCUGAUUCUAUUACUUAUUCCACAAUGAUAUAUGCCUAUAUCCGUGUGCGGGAUUUCAAGAGGGCAUUUUAUUAUCACAAGCAGAUGGUGAAAAGUCGGCAAGUGCCUGAUGCUGAAUCAUAUGAGAAGCUCAGGGCAAUUCUGGAUGUAAAAGCUGCCAUAAAGAACAGGAAGGAUAAGAGUGCUUUAAUGGGAAUAGUUAGAAGCAGUAUGGGCUUAUUGAAAGAGAAGAAAAAGGGAAAGAAGGAUGAGUUCUGGAAAAAUAGAAAAAGAGGAUCAAGAUUUCAAGGAGGACAGUAAUAGCUAUAUUCUUUGGCUUUUCAUAACUGUAUGUAGGUUCGAUGAAUUAGCUUAGUAUGUUCCUAUCUCUUUUGGUGGUCAAUCUUCAAUCCAGUCUGAUUGAGUAUGCUCUUAUGUACAGUUGUGUUCAACUUUUUGGCAUAGAAGAGAAAACACUGAAAUAAAUGCUUUAGGACUUGUGAAACUCUACAUUAGCUAGAGAGUCGAAUCCGCAGGUAACCAAUCAUUUGCAGUCAGAGACUCCUAAUUUGAUGCUGUUACUGUAGAUUGCUUCCUCUAAUAGAUUUAUCUUGCCGUCAGAGACUUCUAGUUAGAUGCUUUUACUGUAGAUUGCUUCCUUUAAUAGAUUUAUCCAUUUCUUGGGGCCA